AUGGUUACCAACGUCGAGGCCGAGGCCCCCCACAACAGCUUCGACACUAUCCUCGUUCUCGAUUUCGGCUCCCAAACCAGCCAUCUUAUCCUGCGCCGUCUUCGUGCCAUCGGCGUCUUCGCUGAGCUGCUCCCAUGUACCACCAAGAUCGCUGAUCUGACAUGGAAGCCUAAGGGAAUUGUCUUCUCUGGAGGUCCUUCUUCUGUCUACGACGAGGGCUCGCCCCAUGUUGACCCCGCGGUCUUUGACCUUAACGUCCCCAUUCUGGGUAUUUGCUAUGGUUGCCAGGAGAUCGCCUGGCGCAUCGACUCCAAGAACGUUGCCCGCGGAGCCGCACGAGAGUACGGCCAAGCCGAUGUCAAGAUCACCAACGUCAAUGGCCACGUCGACCGCCUCUUCGCUGGCUUGGGAGACGCAAUUUCCGUGUUCAUGUCCCACUUCGAUAAGCUGGUCAGCUUGCCUACUGACUUUGUGGUCAUUGCUUCCACUAAGAACUCUGAAUACGCCGGUAUUGCUCACAAGGAGAAGCCCAUCUUUGGUGUCCAAUUCCACCCUGAGCUCGAACACACACCCCGCGGAGUCGAUCUCCUCCGCAACUUCAGUGUUGACAUCUGCGGAGCUCAAGCGAACUGGAAAAUGGGUGACUUUGCUGAGCUCGAGAUUGCUCGCAUCCGUGAGCUUGUUGGUGACAAGGCCCUUGUCCUUGGUGCUGUCAGCGGUGGUGUGGACAGCACUGUGGGAGCUGCCCUUAUGCGUGAGGCCAUUGGCGACCGCUUCAAGGCCAUUCUCAUCGACACUGGAUGCAUGCGUCUCAACGAGUGCGAGCAGGUCAAGGCUACUCUCGGAGAGCACCUUGGAAUUAACCUCACAGUUGUCGAGGCUGGCGAGUUGUUCUUGAGCCGUCUUGAGGGUGUUGCUGACCCCGAGAAGAAGCGAAAGAUCAUUGGAUCUACUUUCAUCGAUCUUUUCGAGCAAGAGGCUAUCAGAAUCGAGAAGGAGGCAGAGAAUACCCCCAACUCUGGAAAGGUCGAGUGGUUCUUGCAGGGAACCCUGUACCCUGAUGUUAUCGAAUCCUUGAGCUUCCGUGGACCUUCGGCCACUAUCAAGACUCACCACAACGUUGGCGGUCUGCCCGAGCGUAUGAUGAAUGGCCAAGGUUUGCGUCUUAUUGAGCCCCUGAGACUCCUGUUCAAGGAUGAAGUGCGGGCAAUUGGCCGCAAGCUCGGUAUCCACGAGUCCCUGGUUAACCGUCACCCCUUCCCUGGUCCCGGUAUUGCCAUCCGUAUUCUCGGUGACGUUACCAAGGAGCGCGUCGAGAUCGCCCGCCAGGCCGAUCACAUCUUCAUCACCAAGAUCAAGGAGGCUGGCCUCUACAACGAGAUCUCUCAAGCCUUUGCUGGUCUUGAUACUAACCGCAGUGUCGGUGUCUUCGGUGAUCAGCGCGUUUGGGGAUACAUCAUCAUCCUCCGUGCCGUUCAAACCAAGGACUUCAUGAGCGCCGAGGUUUACGACUUCAAGAGCUCUUUCCUCGCGGAUGUUUCGCGCACUAUCUGCAACCAGGUCGACGGUGUGGCCCGUGUUGUCUACGACUUGACCUCCAAGCCCCCUGGCACCAUUGAGCUCGAAUAA